UUCCUCCUAGUUAAUUUACAUUCUCUAAUACUGCCAUCUCUUUCUCACAGCCUGUAUGAUGCAGUGUAUUCACUGAUCAAAAACAAAAUCCACAGAUUGCCGGUAAUCGACCCAGUCAGUGGGAAUGCACUUUAUAUUCUUACCCAUAAGAGAAUCCUCAAGUUUCUUCAGCUUUUUGUGUCCGAAAUGCCAAAGCCUGCCUUCAUGAAGCAAAACUUAGAGGAGCUUGGGAUAGGAACAUACCACAACAUUGCCUUCAUACAUCCCCAUACUCCCAUCAUCAAAGCUUUGAAUAUAUUUGUAGAACGACGAGUUUCUGCUUUACCAGUUGUGGAUGAGUCGGGGAAAGUUGUAGAUAUCUAUUCCAAGUUUGAUGUUAUUAACCUUGCUGCUGAAAAAACCUAUAAUAAUUUAGACAUCACGGUGACACAGGCACUUGAACACCGCUCACAGUAUUUUGAAGGCGUAGUAAAAUGCAGUAAACUGGAAACACUGGAGACCAUUGUGGAUCGAAUAGUGAAAGCGGAGGUGCAUAGAUUGGUAGUUGUGGAUGAAGCAGAUAGUAUUGUUGGAAUUAUCUCUCUGUCAGAUAUUCUACAAGCACUAGUGUUGUCUCCUGCAGGUAAAUAUGGAAAUCAUUGCUCACAUUAA